AUGGGGCCUAGCGGGUCCCUGUCUUCUAUCAUCGAUAAAUACUAUGACAACUCGCUUGAGAACAUGGGAAACGCGGACUCGUUUGUAUGGUAUGGACCAGCUUGGGCGAGCGCCGCGAUGGCGCCGUCAAGGGGGUUCAAGACGUGGAUUACCGAGGGAGGAAUCAGAUGUCCUUGUUUGGUUAGGUUUCCGGGCUUAUUCACAGAGUCUGAGACUGGAGAACAGGGUAAGGAAAAGGUAUCAGGCAGUGGACAGACAAACUCCUUCGCAACGGUGAUGGAUAUCUUUCCAACAGUGCUAGAGCUGGCGGGAAUAGAACUCCCGCACGGCAGGUUCCGAGGAAGGGAUAUUGUACCUGUGCGAGGAUCGUCCUGGGUGUCGCAUUUGUCUGGCCAGACGGGGAGUUUCCACGAUGAGGACAAAAGAGAAGGGUAUAUCACGGGGUGGGAGUUGUUUGGUCUGCGGGCGAUACGUCAGGGGCCGUGGAAGGCGUUGUUUAUGGCUCCGCCGCGUGGGAAGGAUCGAUGGGAGCUGUACAAUUUGGAUCGAGAUCCCGGAGAGCUGGACGAUUGUGCGGAGACGGAGCCGGAGAUACUGCAGAGGCUGAUUGAGCAUUGGGAGGUGUAUUACGCAGAGACUGGCAUGUUCGAUCCUGAACAAGAGUUUCCCUAUACGAAAUGCUGA